CUUACUAUAUAAACCCGCAGCCAAUUGCUGUAGGUUUAGCGUUGCGCCUGCGCAGUAAAGUGUUUCUGGUUUUGUUGAUAUUUUGAAGGAGUUCAUUGUUUUGCUCUUUUUUUAGUCUCUAUUUUCUUGGAUUGUCCCAGCCCGCUGACAGCGGGGGCUGCAUACACGAUUUCCUCAUGAGGGACUAAUGGAAAAGACCAAGGAUCUGGCUGAUCUUUCUUCACUUUCUGAGAGAAAACGUCGGGACUCAUUCGGAAUGUUUGACGGAUAUGAUAGCUGCAGUGAGGACACCAGCAGCAGUUCCAGCUCGGAUGAGAGUGAAGAGGAAGUCGCCCCCUUGCCAUCCAGUCUGCCCAUUAUCAAAAACAAUGGGCAGGUUUACACAUACCCAGAUGGCAAAUCAGGAAUGGCAACGUGUGAAAUGUGCGGAAUGGUUGGAGUCAGAGAUGCCUUUUAUUCUAAAACAAAGCGGUUCUGCAGCGUCUCAUGCUCGCGGAGUUAUUCCUCAAACUCCAAGAAGGCGAGUAUUCUGGCCAGACUUCAGGGUAAACCACCUACAAAGAAAGCUAAAGUCCUCCAGAAGAAGCCAUUAGUUGCUAAGUUAGCAGCUUAUGCUCAGUAUAAAGCUACUUUGAAGAAUCAGUCAGUAAACAAAGCACCUGUCACUGUGGAGGGAUUUAGCUGGGGAAACUAUAUCACUAGCAAUAACACUGCUGCUGCUCCUGUGACUUGUUUUAGACACGCACCCAUGGGAAAUUGCUGGGGGGAUAUUGCAGAGGGUGUAAGAGUUGAAGUCCCAAAUACAGACAGCAAUCUGCCUACCAAAGUGUUUUGGAUCUCUGGCAUUGUCAAGCUUGCAGGGUUUAAUGCAUUACUAAGGUAUGAAGGCUUUGAGAACGAUUCCAGUCUUGACUUUUGGUGUAACAUUUGUGGACCUGACGUUCAUCCAGUUGGCUGGUGCGCAACUAGUGGAAAACCAUUGGUCCCACCACAAACCAUUCAACACAAAUACACAAAUUGGAAAGCUUUUUUAGUGAAACGAUUGACUGGUGCAAAGACUCUCCCACCAGACUUCUCUCAAAAGGUAUCUGAAAGUAUGCAGUAUCCUUUCAAGCCUUCCAUGAGGGUAGAAGUAGUUGAUAAAACACAUCUUUGUCGAACACGGGUUGCAGUAGUAGAUAGUGUAAUUGGAGGUCGAUUAAGAUUGGUAUAUGAAGAAAGUGAAGACAAAACUGAUGACUUCUGGUGCCACAUGUACAGUCCCCUCAUUCAUCCCAUUGGCUGGUCAAGAAGCAUAGGGCACCGAUUCAAAAGAACUGAUAUCUUAAAAAAACAGGAAUCAAACUAUGAUGCACCGUCUCACUUAUUUACAAAGGUGAAAGACAUUGAACAAGGCAGCGAGUGGUUCAAAGAAGGGAUGAAACUGGAAGCAAUUGAUCCUUUAAACCUUUCAGCAAUAUGUGUAGCAACCAUCAGAAAGGUGCUAGCAGACGGAUACUUAAUGAUUGGUAUCGAUGGUUCAGAAGCAGCAGAUGGUUCAGACUGGUUUUGCUACCAUGCCUCAUCUCCUUCAAUAUUUCCUGUUGGUUUCUGUGAAAUUAACAAAAUAGAACUAACUCCACCAAGAGGCUACACAAAACUACCUUUUAAAUGGUUUGACUACCUCAGGGAAACUGGAUCUAUAGCAGCUCCUGUAAAACUCUUUAACAAGGAAGUUCCUAAUCAUGGGUUUCGUGUUGGUAUGAAACUUGAGGCUGUAGACCUUAUGGAACCUCGGCUUGUGUGUGUUGCUACAGUGACACGUAUUAUUCAUCGCCUGCUGAGGAUACAUUUUGAUGGCUGGGAAGAUGAGUAUGAUCAGUGGGUAGACUGUGAAUCUUCAGACCUCUAUCCUGUUGGUUGGUGCCAACUAACUGGAUACCAGUUACAGCCUCCAGCACCACAAUCAAAUAAAGACAGCCAGUCAAAUAUCUCGAAACAAAAGAAGAAAUCGAAAUCGCAGCCGUACAAAGGACACAAAAAAAAUUUCAGAAAGCCUGGUAUCAGGCCCUAAGCUGGAAACCCCCUGUAGCUGAAGUGUUAAAAGCAUUUUUUUUUCAUAUGUUGAAAUGCAAUAAAAAUGGUCUUUACCAUGAUCCAUUCUUUGUAAAGGUAUAGGAUUUAUUAUCCGGAAUGUCUGGGACCGGGGGUUUUCUGAAUAAGGUAUAACAAUCCAAAUUAUGGAAUGCUUCCUUAAGUCUGCUAAAAAACAUUUAAAUAGUAAAUAAACCCCAUAGGAUUGUUUUGCCACCAAAAUGAAUCUAUGCAGUUUAGUUACCAUCAAGUACAAGGUACUGUUUUAUUAUUACGGAGAAAAAGAAAAUUGCUUUUAAAAAGUAGCAUUAUUUGGUUAAACUGGAUUCUACGAAAAAGACCAUCUCCCAUAAUUAAGUUCUUUCUGGAUAACCGACUUCUGCAUUAGGGAUCCCAUACCUGUAACAUAUCCAUAUCCAAAAUAGCCUUGCAAUCUUUAUUUUUCUUCUCUAAAGAGCUUUUCUUUAGUGCGGGAGUUGGGGUUUUGUAUUUAUUUCAUUUAUGCACAGUUGCUUUUUAUUUUACAAACAUUAAAACAUAGGAACAACUAAAACAGUAAUUGAGACACAUAACACUGUUUUUUUUGCAUGACUCCUGGCCUUAAUUACCUCAUUAAUAGCCAUUAGGAGUUGUCUCUUAUUGGCUGUCAAUUAACAACCAUGGUCUCCUCUGAGGAUCUGAAUUGAAGAUAAUUGCUACUUACAAGGCACAAGAAGGCUAUGAAGAGAUUGCCAAACACUUCUGUCAUCAAGAAAUAGGAAUUGUGGGAAGA